CAACAUUCAGACUUGUCAUCGUUGCAAAAAGAAAGCGGGUGUUUGUGUGUGAUUCUGACGAGUUCGAGAUGAGUACAGACAGUGACGUUGCUGCUAGCAGUAGUAAAGAUAAAACAGUUGAGCUCAUGAGAGGACUGUCAAUUGCGUCCCAGCCUAUUGAGACAGCUAUGGAGGCUAGAGAACCACCCCCUCCUGAUGUUGUCAAGUUGUGUCGUGAAACAUUUCAGAAUACAGCAGAUUAUCUUAAGGGAGAACUUGAAGCCACGGCCGAAGAUUACAAACUUCUUGAAGAGAUGAACAAAGUCACAGUAACAAAAUAUGAGGAAAUGAAACAUAUAGCCAUAAAUAUAAGUAAAUCACUUCAUGUCAUGAAUGAAAAAUACAAACUGUUACAACCGUACCUGGAUCAGAUAGAUCAGAUUGAGGAAAGUGUGGCUUCUCUCGAGCAGGCAGCUUAUAGACUGGAUGCUUACUCCAAACGAUUAGAGGCCAGAUUUAAGCAGUUAGAAAAGAGAUGAACCUUCAGAUACAUAGGAUCACCUGCCUGCCAAGAUGUGAAUACUUGACCUUGUUGUUGCAACUCUACUGCAGCAUUUACCAACAGUUGAAAUACAUUUAGGUGUAGUUCAUUUUCAUUAUAAUAGAUAAAUUAAUUUUAGAUUCACGUGUCAGGAGUAGAAUAAGCCUACUGCAUAGCAGUGGAGAAAAGUUUAAUUUGCUGAUACAGAUUUAUUUCGAGGCUUCAAACUGAAACAAGUGCUUUUCAUUGUUUGUUGGCUUACUGAUAUUAUGCUUAUCACCUAAAUGAAGUAUCAAAAAAUAAGCAAUAUUAUGUGUGCUACAUUUUAAUUUGGGUGUCAAAGCUGUUGCUUAUACAUGUAUCAAUAAUUUAUGAUUUGUAAAGUCACGAGCAUCAGUUUUCCUGUUGUAACAUUUAUUUUUAUGCUUCACACUCAUUUUGAAUAUUUAAUUCUAGUCAGUACUUGCCUGUUGUUUGGUGCUCUAUUUGAAAUUAUUGUAUCUGCAUUAGUCUUGCACAAAACAGGAGUAAACAUGUAUACAAGUACUUGUAAAUAACUCUGUUUCAUGAAUACCAUCUACAUGUACAUGCCUAUCUGUACUCUGUAUGUAUAGUUAGGUUCAUAGCUGUUUUAUAGUGUGUUUAACUUUGUGAUUUCAUAUGACCAUUUUGUGUACGUAUAAAAUAAGAAACAUUUUGGUGACUUCCAAGUUUAUCCACCCUUCAUCCAUUUUUGCUGUGAAAUAUAAAUACAUGGUAUUCUGCAAUGAACAUUCCUAAAACAGUUAUGUAAUUAACUUUAAAUAAUAAUACUUGCGCUGUUGGGAACAUU